CGUGUUGAAGAAGCGUCGCAUAAUCGAUUUUGGCAAAUGACCAAAAUUUCUAAAAAUGAUAACAAGAACAUAUGAUGAGAUGAGAUGAUAGAAAAGACAAUAGAAACGAGAUUAUUUCAUAUUUAUAACUCUUUUAAAAUUAAUUAUCAAUGUUACUUAUCAACAAGCAACGUUUUAAUGUUAAUAUCGUCAUCUUGUAUUCAUUUAUGAAGCAUGGAGACCGAGUUGAAACCAUGGUCGUGUGAACAUUGUACGUAUAUGAAUGAGCCAACAUGGUUAGUUUGUGGAAUGUGUUACAGAGAAUGCACUCAAACCAACACAAACGGUAUGGCAAUAGAUUUCCCCGUUAUUGAUCCCGAAGAUCUUGUUGGUUUGGACGCUGGCCCCGAAUAUGCUCAGCCCACAGUAGCUGCGGUAAGUGCUGCUGCUGUUGCUGUAUCGUCCAACGCCUCAAAGGUUUUUAUUCAAGCUGCUCCUGCUGCCACAGUUGCUACUUCUAGCGCGUAUAUUCCUUAUACUACCGCUUAUCCUGUAAGCACUGCGAAUUCUGUUCCUUUUAAUCCCACAUAUGCGAAUAACAUUAUUCCUUCUACUCCUAAUAACGUAGCAGAAGUGAAGCCAACUACGUUCAGAGAUGUAGGAAUUAGUACUUCUGCCAAUCUGGUCGCCAAUGGUGCUAAAGUUUUCACUACCGUUCGUAAACUCGUUCCAGUUACCGUUUCUGUUACACAAACAAACGCAAAAGUUCCUCGUGUACGUGUAAUUAAUCCUAAAUCGAAUCCUUCUUAUUUCAAUUCGAACGGUGCUUUCGCAGUUACCUCCACUGCUACGUCGGUUCCUGUUUCUAAUGCUAAUAAUUUAAAUUCCUACACACUUAACAGCGACUCGCAAGUACCUCCGUUACCUCGAACUCAAGUUACUCGUCCUGUUCCUACGUACAAUGCUAAUGUCUCUACUAGAUCUUUCACGAUGCCUGUAUUCACUCCAACCACUGCUGGGUUUCAUUGUAACUCUAUUAAUAAUUCGGGCGUUCAGGUAGUUCGAUCGAGUCGUACCGAAACUCCUCUUACUUUUCCUAGCUAUGCUGGUGCUUCAACUGUUACCGCUCACGCUUCUUCUACUCCUGUCGCCAGUGGUUUUUAUGCUCCGUGUAAUUCUGGUGCUCAAUCUAGUUCUGCGAAUUCUCUUCCUUUCGCUCCACAGCAACCUGUUAUCAAUUCGGCUACUCCGUCAUUUCAGCUUGGUCUUCCCAAUACACCUAUUAACGUCGCUUCUGUUACCAAUACUUACGUAUCUGGCCCUGGUAUACCUCCUGUUACUAGUACUGCCACUUUUAAUGGUGCUGCUCGUCUUACCACUGCUGCUUUUGCUGCUGCUUUAGCGACUGAAAUAACACCAGGAUGGGUGUGUUCGAGCUGCAAGUCUAUAAACGAUAAUUUUCUGCUGCGAUGUAAAGAUUGUGAUACGAAGAAACCCGAAACCUUACCGAAUGUGCAACCAACUCCGGAUUUAUAUUUCAAUCCAAAUAAUAAUCCAAAUGUAGUCAACGAUGCCUUCUUCGAAUGCCCUCAAUGUUUUUUAUUAUUUGCUCAAAGUGAAGGAAUGAUUUUAGAGCAUUGUGGCCAUAAAUUUUGCAAGAAUUGUUUAAGAGAAUGGAUUAGCUACAGUGCAGAUUUGCAGCUUAGAUGUCCCUUUAAAAUCAAAGGAGUUUUAUGUAAUAGUCUUUUGACUUAUCAAGAAGUUAGCUCGAUAUUGAAUUCAGAAUAUGUUGCGAUCGAUGACACGAAAGUAAUAACUGCUCGAUCAGGUCAACAAAAUGGCAUUCCUGAUCCACCUCAACAGAAUAUCAUUCCUGGGCCAGCUCAACCGACUGUAGGUCAAGUUUUACAAGUGUCGAAUGUCGUAGCCGAUCCAUUCCAACAGAAUACAAUUGCUGUAAACCGGUUUCAAGCAAAUAUCGUUCCAGUUUCAUUUCCGCAGAACAUCGUACAACAUCCUCCUCAGCAGAAUAUUGCAGCAGGGCCGUCUCAAACGAAUAUUUGCCCUGUUUCACUUGCUCAGAGUCUCGUACCGGGUUCAUUUCAACAUAAUAUUGCUGCAGGACCACCUCAAACUAAUAUUUGUCCAGUUUCACUCGCGCAGACACUCGUACCGGGUUCAUUUCAACAUAAUAUUGCUGCAACGCCGCUUCAAACGAAUAAUAUUUCAGUUUCGAAUCUCGUACCGGGUUCUUUUCUACAGACUGCUGUUCCAAUUCAAGCGAAUAUCCGUACAAAGUUACCCGCACCCGCGCAGAAUAUCAUUCCAGCAGCACCUCGACCAAAGCAGCCUGUUAAUCUUGGUCUGAUUGAUUUAUGUAGUGAUAGUGAAGAUGAAACCAAUGUUGCUGCUCCUAUUCCUCCUGUUACUGUUGCAAGAAACCCACCUGCGAAAAUCAUUGGGAAUGAAAUAAAUUAUCAAGAACUGCUGGAAUUAGAGAACGAAGUAUUGAUACCGAAUUUAGAGGUUUUCGAAUGUACUAUUUGUAUGACUGAACAGAAUCCAGGCGAAGGAGUAGUAAUGAGAGAUUGCUUACAUAUGUUUUGCAGGGAUUGUUUGAAACAAGCAAUAAAAUGCAAUACAGAUGCGGAAAUGAGAUGUCUAUACGGCGAUGGAAAGAAUCGCUGCGAUAGUACGCUACAAGAUCGAGAAAUUAGAGCGCUCGUUGAUGCGGCGGAUUUUGAAAAACAUUUAUCAAGAUCGAUCAAAGAAGCAGAGAAUAAAAUUCAAAACACGUUUCACUGCAAAACAGUCGACUGUGUUGGAUGGUGUGAAUACGAAGAAGAAGUCACUGAAUUCGGAUGUCCUGUUUGUUCCCAAACCAAUUGUAUUAAUUGCAAAGCAAUUCAUACGGGUAUGGAUUGCAAACAGUAUCAAAUAAACAUACAACUUAAUUCAGCGAAAAAUCCCGAAGAUGCUAAGACUAAUAAAAUGCUGCAGACUAUGUUGAAAAAAGGCACGGCGAUGAACUGCCCGAAAUGUGCAAUUAUUCUAAGUAAGGUAACUGGCUGUGAUUGGCUUAGAUGCUCAAUGUGCAAGACUGAAAUUUGCUGGGUUACUCGUGGUCCACGGUGGGGUCCUAAGGGCCACGGUGAUACUUCCGGAGGAUGUCGUUGUCGACUUAAUGGGAAAUAUUGCCAUCCGAAAUGCGGAAAUUGCCAUUAACCCGGCUUGCUAUUUAUUGUGAUUCUUUCGUAAUUUUUUGUGAGACUUUUGUAUCUAGUUUUAUAAUUUACUCGUUUACUACUUUUUUAAUACCGAUCGUGUGUUCGUUUGUGAAAUACAGUUUUUUGUACGAAGA